UGAAGCAAAGUAACGCCUGCAGAUUCUCCACAAUGCCUCAACUGUCUAAGCUCUAUCUUGUCACUUACAAUUCUCUCCAGGCUCUCGGAUGGGCAUUUGCGCUCUCUAGAAUCUUGAGCAGCUUUGUGACCACCAAGUCCGUGAAUGGAGCUUACAGUGCCGCUGGAGAGCUAAUCUGUUUCCUGCAAAAGGUUGCAUUCUUGGAAGUUGUGCAUGGGGCCAUUGGUCUUGUGCCAAGUGGAGUUGUGCAUCCUCUACUGCAAUGGGGAGGAAGGAUACAUUUUUUGUUGGCGGUUGUCCGUCUAAUCGAUGAGGUCCAAGAGUUGCCAUCAGUUUUCAUCACUUUUUUUGUUUGGAGUCUAACUGAAGUAAUUAGAUAUCUACAUUACGCUUUGAACUGUAUACAAAGUUGUCCAUCUUGGAUUACCUAUCUCAGGUACACUGCAUUCAUUGUGCUGUAUCCUAUAGGAAUAGCUCCUGGUGAAAUGUGGCUCAUGUACCAAGCACUCCCAUUUGUGAAGAAGAAGCAUCUCCAUGAAGAUUUAUUUGAUGGCCUUCCCUUCAGCUAUUAUAAUUUUCUCAGGGUUCUUCUUCUGUGCUACCCUUUCCUAUGGUUAAAACUUUACCUGCAUAUGUUUAAGCAACGGCGGUCAAAACUGGGAAAACGCCAUGAGAAGAAGGAAAUGUGAAGGUUGGAGCUCUUUAGGAUGCAGUUUCUAGUUCGUUGUCAAUUAUUGGUACCUCUUGAACUUGAAAGCUAAUGUGUUAUGUGCCGUGAACAUGGGCUUCAUAAAUAUUCUUGCAAUGUUUUUGUUCUUUGAUUCCCUACUCGCUAAUAUUGAAGUCAGACCAUAUUUACAUG